AACACCAGAAGAAAAUCUAACUAGAUUGAUGGAAUUUCUUCUCUUGGACUUUGCUGAUGUUCCCCAUCUCCAGUGGUUUCUAUUUGGAUUGUCCUUAGUCACAGAUGGAACCCCCAAAAGACCUAGUGGAUGUGAAUUUCACUUCAGUGAUGGAAUUUGUUCUUUUGGGAUUUUCUGAUUUUCCCAAUCUCCAGAUGUUUCUUUUUGUGAUGUUUCUGUUUAUCUAUGUGGUAACUCUGAUGGGAAAUGGCAUCAUCAUUCUCAUAACCAGGACCGACCAGACUCUCCAGACUCCCAUGUAUUUUUUCCUCAGUAAUUUUUCCUUCUUGGAAAUCUGUUAUGUGUCUGUCACUCUUCCUAGAAUGCUCAUAAACCUUUGGACUCAGAAAAGGCACAUUUCCUUGUCUGCUUGUGCAACACAAAUGAGUUGUGUCCUUAUGUUUGGAAACAUAGAGUGCCUGCUUCUUACAGUGAUGGCCUAUGACCGCUACAUGGCCAUUUGUAACCCUCUGCAGUAUCCUCUAGUCAUGAACUACAAGGUAUGUGUCCAGCUGGUGUCUGCCUGCUGGAUCACUGGAGUUCCAGUUGAGAUAGGGCAAACGUGCCAGAUUUUCUCUCUGCCCUUUUGUAGAUCCAACCAGAUCAAUCACUACUUCUGUGACAUCCCCCCAAUACUAAAGCUGGCCUGUGGGGACAUUUUUCUGAAUGAGAUGAUGGUCUUCACAGUUGCUGUGCUGUUUGUCAUGAUCCCUUUUCUGUUGAUUCUUGGCUCCUACAUUAAAAUCACCUCCACCAUCCUGAAGUUGCCACUGGCAACAGGAAGAGCAAAGGCCUUCUCCACCUGCUCCUCUCAUGUCAUGGUUGUGACUUUAUUUUUUGGAUCUGGAAUCAUUACAUAUUUACGACCUAAAUCCAAAAAUUCCUCCAGAACAGACAAGUUUUUCUCUCUUUUCUAUACCAUUGUCACCCCGAUGUUUAACCCCCUGAUAUACACUCUGAGAAACAAGGAUGUCCUGAUGGCGUUGAGAAAAUUGUUACCUUAAUGUAAAGCAUUAGCUGCUUGAUUUGAACUCAUUUACUGUUUUCCUAUUUAAUUCUGCCAUUGUAUAAUCAGAUAUGAAUGUUUAGUUUGUUUUUUCUACAUUACUAUAGAUUUAUUAUAUUUAUUCAUACCUGAGCUUAUUGUUUUAUGCUGGAUUUUCUGAUAUCAGGAAAUCCACAUGGUGUCUUGCUGAUAAGAAACUAUGUAUUUAGCCAAUCUCAUAUUCAGUUCACAAAUUUACUGGAGAUUUGAGACUUUUUAUGGGAAAAUACAUUAUCACGUACCUAGUAAUUGAUAUAAUAUACCUUUUCUCCUCAACCCAUAAUGAAUAUUAUUUACUUUCCUCUUUAGAUAACUGUCAUUCACUUUUUUUUUCUUUUCAUAAUGUAUUUAGAUAAUAAAGAUGGUAAGCCUUUGGAGACCUUCUGUUAAAUAUCUAUGUGCUUAUAAUUUUAGAUAUUUUACCUUUCAGCAAACUCAAUUUGAUUCUUUAUGAGUUACAGAACACCUAAGUAAAGAUUAGAAACAGAAAUUCUGCAUAACGACACUUCAAAUUUGGCUGUGUGGCAAUAAAUUUUUUACCCUCUGCUUCUCUCUGAAUUCUUCUUUGUAGACACGCUUUGUUGAUAUAACCAAAUCAUGCUACUGGCAUCUCAAUAAUUUGUUACCUUAGUCUUUACUAAUGUGAAAAAUAUGAAUUCAUGUUUGCUUUUCAGAGAUACAAUAUGUAUGGGAUUGAACUAUUUUGUCCCCAUAGAGAUUCACCCAUUCUUUAAGAUUUCUUGACUUAUUUAUUACUCUUUUGG